UUUCAAAUUAGUUUCGACUUAAAAUCUGAUAAUUUAAUAUUCUAAACUCGCGUUUAUAGUCUAAAAAGUUAACAUGUAUUUGAAAAACAUUAUACUGUUAUUCGGCGUGACGUUAUACUUUUCGCAAUGUCAGGGCGAUUUCAUACGUGGUAAGGAUCAUAGAACUAUUAGUUACAUAAUCAACGAAUAUGCUAAUCCAGAUGGCAUAGACAAUGAAGAAAAUGGCGAUCUGAACCUAAUAGGCGUAAAAGAAGUCAUUGAUGAAGUAGCAGUGCAAUUCCAAAAAACCGAAAAACUUUCUAGUGUUGAAGAAUUGCAAGAGAUGUUAUCAAACUAUGUUUUCACAUUUCCCGAUGUCAGAACAUACGUCGCAGAAUACAUUGGAAAAUAUAUGAUGGAUUCAGGAAAUUUUAUGAAAGAACUAAAAAAACUAUUUGAUAAGUAUGGAGACACAAGAAAAAUAAGCUUUCAACAGUUAAAAGACCUACUUGGCAAAAUAAAUCCGACGAAGAAGUAUGUAAAAGUCGGAUUUCCAUAUCUUCAAUUCCUGAAAACCGCAAUACCGUACAAAAUAGAAAAAUCAGAACUCAAGUUCACGAGGGACGAAGUUGAUUUCAUUGUCUUACGUUAUUUUUUUCCUAAUAUUUUGAUUUAAAUUAUA